AUGGCGAAGAAGCUCGCGGGGCUGUUCGAGCUCACGCGCGCGAGCGAGGCGGGGUUCGACCCGGAAAAGUACGGCCUCGACGACGACGCGGCGCUGCGAAUCGCCGCGGAGUUUGGACGGUUCGACGCCGACGGCGACGGCGUGAUAAACCGCGACGAGCUCGAGCGCCUCCUGGACGAGUUCGGGACGGCGCGACACGCGAGCGCGACGCGGAUCAUCGAGGAGGACAGCGCGGAGACGUUCGAGGCGGAGAUGUUCAAGCCGCUGAUCGAUUACCCUUCGGUCUACGCCACCCCGGAAGGGGUGAAGACGGCGAUGGAGAUGAUCGACGGCGACGGCGGCGGCGAGAUAUCGCUCGAGGAGUUCGUGCAGUGGUACGCGAGAGAGUGCCCGCUGCCGCCGCGGGGCGGGAAGAAGAAGAAGAAGAAGAAGAGUACAAAUAACGUCGUGACGAUCGACAUCGACGACGUCGACGACGACGCCGCCGUGGACGAAGACGGGGACCGGAGGCUGCUGGAGGCGGCGGCAGCGGCGGACGCCGAGCUCUCCGCCGCCGGCGCGGUGCGUUCUCCUCACACUGGUUCCCAUACGACCGCGUUGGCGUGGUGA